AUGAUGCGCGCUCGUGAGUGCGACAUCGCAGUGGUAACGUCCUCGAAGCACUUUUUCGUGCUUAGCACGCCCGAAGAUAUUGCCGCGUACCGGAUCAACGAUAACCGACGAUUGGAAGGCCUUGUCGAGGAUGUUGUUGAUGUCGCAAAAGAUAUGGGCUUCUCUCGGACCACCAUUAACGGUAUCACGGACGGAUUGACUACAUGCGUUGAUCAUCAGUAUCUGUGGGUAAACGCGACAUAUGAACAGCUGGCUACUGUCAUCUUGUACCUGAGCGCCGUACAAGCGGGUAUCAAACAGCCUGGUAUGUUGAACCAGCUAUCGAUGUGCUUUGGUGCAUCGAUGAAGGGUAUCAAGCAGCUACUCCCACCAGUGUCAAAACUGCUCAUCGAUACCAGCGCAAGGUUUGCCCUUGCUGACUUUAUGCAAACAUUCGAAAAGACAUACCCUGCCUAUCAAAAGCAUUCAAAAUAUCUUGCUCGGCUCCAGCUCAAGUUAUGGCGUCUGGUACUGGACCACUGUCUCUUCCCGUUCAAAUUCAUCACGGCGAACUGGCGACACGUCGUAACAUCUUGCAUAUAUGCGGUGACUACAGUCAACGACGUUUAUCUUGAUACCGAGGAGAUUAGCGCUGUGAUGGGUGCACGGAGCCCUAGCAUUGAUGGCGAAGAUAUGAACACGUACCUGCUCUCUCAUAUUGUGGACGACAAAGCUUACCAGAUCAAGUAUCUUGCUACUAAGGCGCGGCGCCAACGUAAGCUCGAAGCCCGCUCGGGAAGACGUUUCGCACUUGAUGUCGUUGCCGCCCAUCCCGCAUCAGACUCGGUCAUCGGUUUAGAUCGGAGCUUCGAGACGAUCUCGAUCAAUGAGUCUAGGAGGUGGGUCGAUAACAGCUCGUUCAGCCUCUGCAAAUUUAGUAUUCUCCUGUAG